AUGUGGCUUUCGGAAAGCACGGGGACGGACUCCCGCACAGGCGAACCAACGUUCCUAAUCUGCUGUAACCAUGGGCAGAUAAGGCUUCCGCCUAUCAAGCAACCCCCGGCCCUGUUAGGAGAACUUCUACAGUCCAGGUCGUUUCGAGAUAAUAUUCGAGUCUACAAUUCUGUACUAGCCUUCACCUCAAUUGGGAUGAAAAUGGAUAAUAGCGUGGUACAUGCGCCUGGUCCUUACACUGUACGGAUACAAGGGCAAACCCACCACAGAAUAGGCUCACUGAUCCCGCGGGAAGGCCGCCUCCCAGCAUAUCUCCAACUUUAUAUAUUUGAUACACGCAACGAAGUUAGGAACCGGCUAAACGCAAUGGGGCAAGGAUCAGCAGAAGGUAACCUCGAUGAGAAUACUCUCAAGCUUCUCAUCGAGAUGGUGGACGAGAAUAAUUGUUUAGCUAAGAUUUUCCGUCAAGCCCGGGAUCACUACGAAAGCAUUGGGACGGAGUGUAGGAUAACGCUACUCCAUGAUAAAGGAAAGGGGAAAGAAUAUGAUCUUCCGAGCACGGAUGAGGUAGCGGGGCUCAUCGUCGGGGAUAUGUCAUCACCAGUUGGGGAGCGGGAUAUUGUUGUCCAGUUUCAGUCUGACACUUUGCAGCAUAUACGUGAUGAUCACCCUCUGUACAUGGCUCUGCAAUAUCCUCUUUUGUUUCCAUUUGGAGAGUAUGGCUAUCAUCCAGAUAUCCCCCUCCACCUUGAGACAGGCACAUCGAGAACAAGACAAUACCUGACUAUACGUCAGUAUUAUGCUUCGUUACUCCAGACCCGGCUUAACCAAGGAAUGACGUUGGUUAGAGGAGGUCGUCUUCUCCAUCAAUUUAUGGUGGAUAUAUACACUGCAAUUGAGGAGGAUCGACUAAGGUGGGCGAGGAAUAAUCAAGAUGUUCUGAGAGCCGAACUAUACAGUAAUGUCCUCGAUGCCGUAAGCAGAGGUGACACUGAUGCUAAGAUUAUUGGUCAGAGGUUUAUUCUGCCGCCGAGUUUUACCGGUGGACCCCGGUACUUAGUUGAGAAAUACCAUGAUGCGAUGGCUAUCUGUAGAGAAUUUGGCAAUCCGGAUCUGUUUAUCACAAUCACCGCUAACCCUAACUGGAGAGAGAUCAAAGAUCAUCUCGCAAAAUAUGGUGGAGAUUCCCCCAAUAAUAGGCCAGACAUCGAGUGUCGAGUAUUUAAAAUGAAGUUGGAACAACUGCUCAAGGACUUCAAAAAAGGAACUUUCUUCAAACCAUAUACAGCAGCUCUCCACAGAAUAGAGUUCCAAAAAAGAGGUCUACCGCAUGCCCAUAUACUAUUGUGGUUGGGAAACGAUUCUCGAACACCAAGUGCCGAAGAAGUCGAUGAGAUAAUUUCAGCCGAGCUCCCGAAUAAAGAAACGGAUCCCUGUGCUUACAAUUUGGUCACGAAACACAUGAUACAUGGGCCAUGUGGUUCCAUUAAUCCAAAGUCCCCAUGCAUGGACAAGAAUGUGUGCACGAAGAAGUAUCCUCGACCGUUUAAUGAGAACACCUCGAUUGACAAAUCAGGGUAUGUGUUAUAUCGGCGGCGCAGAAACGGUAAUGCUUCUGUGGUUAAAGAUGGGGUAAUCCUAGACAACACUUUUGUUGUACCUCAUAACGUUGAUCUUCUAAAGAAGUAUGAAGCUCAUAUCAAUGUGGAGUGGUCAGACCCUGGACCAUCAAGUGGGAAAGUUGUCAAACAACGGGAUGAGAUCCAGGAAUUUAUCGAGGCUCGGUAUUUAUCAGCUUGCGAAGCUAUGUGGAGGACGUUUGCAUUCCACAUACACAAACGAAAACCAUCGGUUGAGAAGCUUAUUAUUCACUUGGAAGGCGAACAUAAUAUCACGGUCAAAGAAACUGAUAACCUCGGUCGUGUGAUCCGCAAGCCAGGCAUAGAGAAGACAAUGUUCACUGAGUGGAUGGUGUUGUGCAGACGGUCAGCAUUUGCGAGGACGUUAACGUAUGUACAAAUACCAGAAUAUUUUGUGUGGCACAGCAACACGAAAAUGUGGAUGGAGCGCAAAAAGGGCAAAGCUAUUGGUAGGAUUGUUGCUGUUCAUCCAUCAUCAGGUGAUCGUUAUUUUCUGAGGAUUCUCAUAAAUAAGAUUAAGGGUCCUAGAAGUUAUGAUGAGCUUAAAACAUUCAACGAUAUCAAAUACCCUGACUUCAAAUCAGUUUGUUAUGCUCGGGGAUAUUUGGACGACGAUACCGAGUGGCACGAGACUAUGGCCGAAGGUGUUAGAUCGGCAACCCCAUAUCAACUCCGCGAUAUGUUUGUCAUGUUUCUGACCAAUUGCUUUGUUUCCAACCCUAAAAGUCUAUGGGAACACUUUUGGAAAUCAAUGAGCGAGGACAUACUUUACAAGAGACAGCGAGUUAUGGGGCAUGCGAAUCUGGAACUCGAUGACGAAACUCUUGAGCAAUACACGUUAAUCGAAGUGGAAAAGUUAAUGCGGAUGCAUGACCGUUCAUUGGGUGAUAUUAAAAGUAUGCCCAAGAUCAAACCGAUCCUUCUCAAAGAAUUAGGAAACAAUUUGUGGAACCAAGAAAUGGACUACGAUAUCGCUGAGGAGACGCUACGGCAUGAGAAGCAAUUCAGACAGCUUAAUCCGGAACAGCGUGUGAUUUACGAUUCAGUCCUACAAUCUGUUGAUAGAAAGGAUGGGAAGUUAUUCUUUGUAUAUGGCCCAGGUGGAACCGGGAAAACGUUCCUAUACCAGACCAUUAUAUCAAGAAUUCGUUCUAGAAAACAGAUAGUUCUACCGGUCGCCUCUUCAGGAAUAGCUGCUUUACUUCUCCCCAACGGUAGAACAGCCCAUUCGCGCUUCAAUAUCCCUUUAAAACUCUCUGAAGAUAAACUAUGCAACAUCAAACCAAGCACGAUGCUUGCUGAGCUGAUCGAGAAAACCGAUAUAAUUAUUUGGGACGAGGCCCCUAUGACACAUAAGCAUGCUUUUGAGGCUCUAGACAAAACGUUGAGGGAUAUAAUGUCUAAGAAAAAUCCUACCGCAAAGGAUCAGACUUUUGGUGGCAAGACAGUUCUGCUGGGUGGGGAUUUUAGGCAGAUACUACCGGUAAUUCCUCAAGGAAGUCGAGCUGAUACUGUAUCAGCUUCGAUCAGUCACUCAUACCUAUGGCAUAGCUGCAACAAGUUCUCUCUGAAAACAAAUAUGCGAGUCAAUCAGGAUGAGAAGGAGUUCUCGAAUUGGCUCCUCGAGGUCGGAGAAGGCCGUUCUCAAUUGGAUUCUACUGAUGAUCACAACAACUAUGACGAACAAAUGAUAGAUGUGGAUAGAUCGUUGAUCGAGGACAUUGAUGCUGGAUCAUUAAAAGAAGUGGUUGAAGCAGCGUACGGAGAUGUUACCAAGCUGACACCCUCUCAGACCUCAUAUACUGAUAAAGCUAUACUCACCCCCCGUAAUGAAACCGUUGAUGAGAUCAAUGCCUACACCAUCUCACAAACUGAGGGGGUUUCAAGAGACUACUUUAGCUCUGACAGCUUCGAGAUAUCAGAUACUCGAUCCGAUCAGAAUGAUACACUAUACGCUGUUGAGUACCUCAAUUCGUUGGAAUAUCCAGGGCUGCCGUCGCAUAAGCUGACGCUCAAAGUUGGUGCUCCAGUUAUGCUUCUACGCAACAUAAAUCAAAGGAAGGGAUUAUGCAACGGUACCCGUAUGAUCCUAACUUAUGUCGGCGAUCGCCUCCUAAAGGCAGUAAUCAUCACUGGAUCACACAUCGGAACAGAGGUCUUGAUUCCAAGAAUUGUCCUCUUGCAUGAAGAGACAAAACUACCGUUUACUUUACGUCGGCGGCAAUAUCCAAUCAGAUUGUGUUACGCAAUGACGAUCAACAAGAGCCAAGGCCAAAGUCUCAAAGAGGUCAUAUUAUAUCUGCCCAAACCCGUGUUCUCUCAUGGCCAACUUUAUGUUGCUCUCUCCCGUGUCACAAGUAAAGCGGGACUAAACAUCAUCAAAGGCAAAGAUUCACAUCAGCUCAAGGUUGUUCUACUAUGA